UUGCAGGGUCUUAUUUAGUGGUAAAAUGUUUUUGAACGAGGAAAAAUGAAGGAGGAGGUGUCUAUUACUCGAUACGGGAACAUUGGAGCACUUUACCGUGGAGAAUUAUGUACGGGAAUUCUUCAUAUGACUCGAUAUCAUAUGAUUUUUUCGAGUAGUGAGCCAUUUCGUGAGAUUUGGAUUGGAUAUCCUUUGAUUGAGAAAGUGGAGAAGAAAGGGUUUUAUGAGUCGAAAACGUCAUUAUAUAUAUAUUGCCGUGAUUUUAGAUUUGUUACGUUUUAUUUUUAUAGUGAAUAUGAUGCACAAGCCAUCUAUGAAGCGAUUCAGAAGUAUACAUAUAUGGUGUGUAUUCGUGAUUCAUAUGCAUUUGUUUAUACGCCUAGAAAGGCGGAAGCUUUGUUUAAUGGAUGGGAGCUUUAUCAGCCAAUUAAGGAAUUUGAAAGACAAGGGGUUGGUAUUCGGACAAAAGAAUGGCGUAUAACGAAUGUUAAUAAGAAUUAUACGCUUUGUUCUACAUAUCCAUCGGUACUUGUAGUGCCAUCAAAAAUAAGUGAUUCAGUGAUUCGAUAUGCAUCUAAGUUUAGGUCUAAAGGAAGAUUUCCGGCAUUGACAUAUAUCCAUUCUUCUAAUAAUUGCAGUAUUACAAGAUCAUCACAACCCAUGGUUGGUAUUAAACAAAAGCGUUCUUUACAAGAUGAAUAUUUGAUUUCUGCUAUAUUUGAAACGACUUCUUCGCAUGAUGCCUCAAAAACUACUAAAAGCUAUAGGUUAUCUAUGGGAAAUAAUUUAGUUGUUGAUGCACGUCCAACAGCAAAUGCUAUGGUAAAUGUUGCAGUAGGUGCAGGUACAGAGAAUAUGGAAAAUUAUAAAGGAGCAAAGAAAGUGUAUUUGGGGAUAGAUAAUAUUCAUGUUAUGCGUGAUAGUCUUGAACGUGUUAUGGAAGCCUUAAAAAACUCUAAUAUGGUAUCUUUACCUCCUGAUCCUAGUCUUUUGAUGAAAUCUAAUUGGAUCAAAUAUUUGGCUAUAAUUUUAGAGGGAACUGUUUUUAUAGCACGUGCUAUUCAUAUAGAUUAUUCUCAUGUUCUUAUACAUUGUUCAGAUGGAUGGGAUAGAACAAGUCAAUUAAGUUCUCUUGCCCAAUUAUGUCUAGAUCCUUAUUAUCGUACUCUUGAAGGAUUCAUGGUAUUAAUAGAAAAGGAUUGGUUAUCGUUUGGAUAUCGUUUUUCUUCACGUUUAGGUCAUCUUUUUAAUAGAAAAGGUUUUUCCACAUCUGAAAGUUCAUCUUUCUCUUCUAAAAGUGUAACAAAUUAUUUCGUUCGACAAAUGUUUUCAAGUAUGCAAUCAAAAUUUAUGGAAAUCAGCAAACAUUAUCGAUCUAAAGAUAUAAGUCCAAUAUUCCAUCAGUUUCUUGAUUGUACGUAUCAGAUACUUCAUCAAUUCUCAGAUAGAUUUGAAUUUAAUGAACGUUUUCUUCGAAAACUUUUUCAUCAUACAUAUUCUUGUCAGUAUGGUUCAUUUCUUUAUAACAAUGAAAAGGAAAGAAUAGCUGCAAAUGUUCACGAAAAUACUCGAUCUGUUUGGGAUUAUUUUUUAUCUCGUAAAGAAAAGUUUCUCAAUAAUAAUUAUAAUCCUUCUCUUGAUCAUGGUUCUUUAUCUAUUAUAUUUCCUGAUACUACUGCUAUUGUUUGGUGGUCUUCUAUUUUCGGUCGGUCUGAAAAUGAAAUGAAUAUAUUUCCUUCUCUUUGACACUUUUAUUCAAAAACAAUAUAAUACAUAAAGAAAUACUAC